GCCACCCCCCCCGCAGUCACCGGCGCAGGAUCAGUGCACCUCCCGGACAUGGAGACUGUUGUUCGCAGAUGCCCAUUCUUAUCCCGAGUGCCUCAGGCCUUCCUGCAGAAGGCCGGCAAAUCGCUGCUGUUCUAUGCCCAGCACUGCCCUAAGAUGAUGGAGGUCGGGGCCAAGCCAGCCGCUCGGGCCCUGUCUACCUCAGCAGUAGUGCACUGCCAGCGGGUCCAAGAGACCCCUCCAGCCGGUGACAAGGUUAAAACUGCCAACGUCGAGGCUCAGCCGGCUCCGGAUGGAUCCCAGCUGGCUCCAGAUGGCAGGCAGCUUCCCGCUGGACGCCCGGCCCCGGCCCCGGCCCCGAGCCAGGGCGCUGCGAGCAGAUGCCCGUUCCUGGCAGCCCAGAUGAGCCAGCAGGGCAGCAGCGUGUUCCGCAGAGCCAGCCUGGAGCUGCAGGAGGACGUGCAGGAGAUGCGCGCCGUGCGGGAAGAGGUGGCCCAAGCCUCAGGGGACCCCGGUGUGGUCAGUGUGAAGACGGAUGGAGGAGAGCCCGGCGGUUUGCUGAAGAACUUCCAGGACAUCAUGCGAAAGCAACGGCCAGAAAGAGUGUCCCACCUGCUUCAGGAUAACUUGCCAAAAUCUGUGUCCACUUUUCAGUAUGAUCGUUUCUUUGAGAAGAAAAUUGAGGAGAAGAAAAAUGACCAUACCUAUCGAGUUUUCAAGACCGUGAACCGGAGGGCACACCUCUUCCCCAUGGCGGAUGACUACUCGGAUUCCCUCAUCAGCAAAAAGCAGGUGUCAGUCUGGUGCAGCAACGACUACCUGGGAAUGAGUCGCCACCCACGGGUGUGUGGGGCAGUCAUGGAAACUUUGAAACAGCAUGGCGCGGGAGCAGGUGGGACCAGGAACAUUUCUGGAACGAGUAAGUUCCACGUGGACCUGGAGCAGGAGCUGGCCGACCUGCACGGGAAGGACGCGGCCCUCUUGUUCUCCUCCUGCUUCGUGGCCAACGACUCGACCCUCUUCACUCUGGCCAAGAUGAUGCCAGGCUGUGAGAUUUACUCUGAUUCUGGGAACCACGCCUCCAUGAUCCAAGGGAUUCGGAACAGCCGGGUGCCAAAGUACAUCUUCCGCCACAAUGACGUCAGCCACCUCCGGGAGCUGCUGCAGAGAUCCGACCCCCAGGUCCCCAAGAUUGUAGCCUUUGAAACUGUCCACUCCAUGGAUGGGGCAGUGUGCCCGCUGGAAGAACUGUGCGACACGGCCCACGAGUUCGGGGCCAUCACCUUCGUGGACGAAGUGCACGCGGUGGGGCUGUACGGGGCCCGCGGCGGAGGGAUCGGCGACCGGGACGGAGUCAUGCCCAAGAUGGACAUCAUCUCCGGGACGCUCGGCAAAGCCUUCGGCUGUGUGGGCGGGUACGUCGCCAGCACGCGCUCCCUGAUCGACACCGUGCGCUCCUACGCGGCUGGCUUUAUCUUCACCACCUCGCUGCCGCCCAUGCUGCUGGCCGGAGCCCUGGAGUCCGUGCGGGUCCUCAAGAGCGCCGAGGGCCGGGCGCUGCGCCGCCAGCACCAGCGCAACGUCAAGCUCCUGCGGCAGAUGCUCAUGGACGCCGGCCUCCCCGUCGUGCACUGCCCCAGUCACAUCAUCCCUGUCCGGGUGGCAGAUGCUGCUAAAAACACAGAAGUCUGUGACGAGCUAAUGAGCAGACAUAACAUCUACGUGCAAGCCAUCAACUACCCCACGGUGCCCCGGGGGGAAGAGCUGCUGCGGAUCGCCCCCACCCCGCACCACACCCCCCAGAUGAUGGACUACUUCCUUGAGAACCUGCUGGCCACGUGGAAGCGGGUGGGGCUGGACCUGAAGCCACAUUCCUCGGCCGAAUGCAACUUCUGCAGGAGGCCGCUGCACUUCGAAGUGAUGAGUGAGAGAGAGCGGGCCUACUUCUCCGGCCUGAGCAAGCUGGUCUCUGCCCGGGCCUGAGGGGCCUGCCCGCCCCCGCCGGCCCCGCCGUUCGCAUCCAUACAGGCCGGCGUCGGCUUUCUACGCAGAUUAAAUUAUAGCACAUUGUAAUCUGAAGUAAAAGCAUAGUCCUGAAAAUAAAUUCUUGUUUAA